UGAUUUACAUUUUUAUCUUCUUGGCAUAGCAUAGUCGUUUUACUCUACUCAAUUUAAGAUUUUCUAUUCAUUUAAUAACGUCUAUUUGAAAAUUGUUUACUAGAUGGCUCAAACUUAAUAUUCAAUUAUUUUGAUAAUUCGCGGCUAAUUUAGAUUAAUAGAACUGUUAGAAGAUGAAGUUAUUUGUUCUCAAGGCGCAGUGGAUGUAAAAAAAAACGACUAAUCAUGUUAUCAGAUGAUACUAUAUAUGUUGGCUUACUAGUCUUGUCAUUUUUAUUUAGCUUUUUAUUCAGAAAAGUUAAACAUAAAAAUGUGAAACAAUGGUUAUCUACUAUAGUUGGAGCAAUUAUUGUACUAGCAGUUUCUGGCUUACACAUAGCACAUCCAAUCAUAUGCACACUAGUCAACGCCAUUUUUAUACAAUUUGACAAAAGGCAUUGUCAUAUAUUAAGUUUUAUAUUUACUUUUGGAUAUUUAAUAUUCUUCCGAAUGACAACUUAUUUCGGUAUACCAUAUCCACCUGCUCAUACUAACUUAAUACAAAUGAUGUUAACUCUUAAACUUAUUGGCCUUUCAUUUGAAGUUCAUGACAGUUAUAUUAUAUCAAAUCAAAAAGAUACAAAAUUUGAUGCUGAAAAAAAUUUUAAAAUUAUUGAUCAACCAAGUAUUUUAGAAAUAUUUCAUUAUGCUUUUUGUUACAUAGGCAUAUUGACUGGACCUUAUAUCAAGUAUCGUACUUAUUGGGAUUUAUUCAAUCAUCAUUAUUGGAAAAAAGCUGCUUUUCUAAACAUAAUAUUUAAAAAAGUUCGUGUAAUUCCCAUUUUGAUCAUUUGUUAUUUGGUAACUAUGUGGAUGUUUCCAUUAAAUGAAUUUUAUAAUGAAUCAUUUUAUAAAUCAUCAUCACUAUCAUACAGAUUGUGGUACAUGUAUACAUCAUUUUUUAUAUUUCGAACAAGAUUAUACUUGGGGUUUAUUUUUUCUGAGCUUAUUUGUAUAGCUUCAGGAAUGGGUGCUUAUCCUGCAAUAUCGGAUCCACAAUCAGGAUGUGGUCCAACAAAAAAUUUUGAAUCAUUAAAAAAAGACCAUUUUGAGAAAGAAGAAAUUUAUAACUUUGAUUGUGUUGAAAGCAUUGAUAUCAUGAAAGUAGAAACUAUCUCUACGGUCCGUGGUGCUACUAGAAUUUGGAAUAUGACCAUACAAUAUUGGAUAGCUGAAUAUAUUUAUAGAAGAUUUCCUAUUAAAAAUUUUAGAACAUUGGCUGCAUUUGGUAUUUCUGCUUUAUGGCAUGGCAUUUAUACAGGCUAUUAUGUUAGUUUGUGUUCAGUACCUUUUUACUUGGCCGUGGAAGAUAUUUACAAUAAACAUUAUCGUAACUAUGCCAAUUCCGCAGGCAAACGUAUAUUGUGGACAUUCUUUUUAUACAUCAUGAAAAUGUUUCAAUUUUCAUUUUGGGGUUGCACAUUUCAACUUUUAUAUAUAGACCUCAUAUUUAAAUAUUGCCAAUCCAUAUAUUUUCUUCCAUAUGUCAUAGUUAUAACUAUGUUUGUUUUUUCUCGAUUUAAUAACUUACGGACUAGUUGACCAAUUAAAAUAAUUUGGGUUCUUACUGUUAACAUCAGAGAGUUCCUCUAAUGACUUGUAAGCCUGUUAUAUUAUGUUAUGUUUUGUUUUGGUAAAAGUAUACCAUAAUUUAAAAUUUUAAAUAUAA